CCCCAGCCCAUUUCACUCCAAAAAACAAUACCCCCCGCUCGUCUAGUCUAUUUUUUGUCUGUUGUUUUGGCAAAGCCCUCUAGGCUGCUGACAUGUUCGCUAUUCCGUUUCACCGAUUUUAUUCCGAUGAAGGCUCGUCCAACUCGUCAUCUGGUGUUGGAUCGGGAGGAUCUGGAAGUCUGAUGACGCAAUCGAUCGGUGGACCCAAUAAACAUUUGUCAGCGUCACACUCAACACUAAAUACUGCAUCAACUCACGAUAUGAUGCAUUCGAAGAUUCCAAAGAGCCCGAGCAAUGAGAGUUUAAGCCGAUCACACACAUCCUCGUCGGGAGGCAGUCAAGGUGGACACAAUUCGAAUUCUGGUUCAAACUCUGGUUUCCGACCGGAAGAUGCUGUACAGACGUUUGGCGCGAAGCUGGUGCCGUUUGAGAAAAAUGAGAUUUACAACUAUACACGGGUCUUUUUCGUCGGAUCACACGCUAAAAAGCAGGCCGGUGUGAUUGGUGGUGCGAAUAAUGGUGGAUAUGAUGAUGAAAAUGGGUCCUAUCAGCUUGUUGUACACGAUCAUAUUGCGUACCGGUACGAGGUGCUCAAGGUUAUCGGAAAAGGAUCGUUUGGACAGGUAAUCAAGGCAUUCGAUCACAAAUAUCAACAAUAUGUGGCUCUGAAGCUUGUAAGAAAUGAGAAGCGAUUCCAUCGUCAGGCUGACGAGGAGAUUCGAAUUCUUGAUCAUUUGCGGCGGCAGGAUUCCGAUGGAACACACAAUAUUAUCCAUAUGCUCGACUAUUUCAAUUUCCGUAAUCACAAGUGCAUCACGUUUGAGCUUCUCAGCAUCAACCUUUACGAGUUGAUCAAGAGGAACAAGUUCCAAGGAUUCUCACUGAUGCUCGUGAGAAAAUUCGCUUAUUCUAUGCUCUUGUGUCUGGAUCUUUUACAAAAGAACAGGCUGAUUCAUUGUGAUUUGAAGCCGGAAAAUGUUCUGUUGAAGCAACAAGGACGGAGUGGAAUAAAAGUCAUCGAUUUUGGUUCAUCUUGCUUCGACGAUCAACGUAUAUACACAUAUAUUCAGUCCAGAUUCUACAGAGCUCCAGAAGUGAUUCUUGGGACAAAAUACGGAAUGCCAAUAGACAUGUGGUCACUUGGAUGUAUUCUUGCCGAGCUUCUCACCGGAUAUCCAUUAUUGCCUGGAGAGGAUGAGAAUGACCAGCUGGCACUUAUCAUUGAACUACUCGGAAUGCCACCACCGAAAAGUUUAGAAACAGCGAAACGUGCGCGUACUUUCAUCACAUCGAAAGGAUAUCCACGUUAUUGCACGGCCACAUCGAUGCCAGAUGGUUCGGUAGUUCUCGCCGGAGCACGAUCGAAGCGAGGAAAGAUGCGUGGACCACCGGCUUCGCGGUCGUGGUCGACAGCGUUGAAGAACAUGGGUGACGAGUUAUUCGUGGAUUUCUUGAAGAGAUGUCUCGAUUGGGAUCCGGAGACCAGAAUGACUCCAGCUCAAGCUUUGAAACACAAGUGGCUUCGUCGCAGGUUACCCAAUCCACCACGGGAUGGACUGGAGUCGAUGGGAGGACUUGCCGAUCAUGAGGUUUGUUUUAUUAUUUUCUAGACACGAAAUUUUGCGAUUUUCGCUCUAAAAGUACGGUACCCGGUCUCGACACGCCUUCAGAGAGUUCUGUAAUUUCAAGUUUUCGUCGCUGCAGAAUUUUUAUCAAUUUUUGAUAAAAGUGUAUGUGUAUUUAUUGAAAAAAAACUUGAAAUAGCCAAUUAACAAAUCACACAAAAAAAAAUUAAAAAUCGAUAAAAAUUCCCGAGAAACCAGAGUUUAAUAGGUUUUCUCAGGUUUUUUUCAAAAAUUGCGUUGUUUUAUUUGAGUUUUUUUCCGAUAAAGAAAAAAUUUUUAAAAAAACUAAACUUUGAAAUUACAGUACUCUUUAAAGUCGGUCGCACAUCUUUGCGAUUUUAAUUUAACAAAAAUUUGUCGUUUCAAGACCGGAUACAGUAAUUUUGACGCAAAAAACGAAAGCUUGCGUGGGUUUUCCCGUUUUUUAAAGAACAAAGCUUAAAUUUAAAUUAAAAAAACCCCCCACUUAAGGUGAAAAACUUGUAGAAAAAAACGGAAACAUUGCCAAACAUUGACUCGAAUGCCAAUAUUUUGAUGAGGAAAAAGUUCUGAAAGAGAGAGUGUAAGUACCGUCCUCCCCAGUUUGUGUGAGUGCUCCUUGCACUAAUGUCCUCUACUAUUGCCCGACGUGUCCUCCUAGAUGCUUUUUGCCCAUUUCUUUCUCAAUUUUCACGCGGGUGUUUUCUUUUUUUUCAACGAUUUCUUUUCCCUAAAACAUAAAAUACUGUAUGAUAACUAAACACACUAAUCGGGAAAUUUGCAAAAAAAAUGAAACGUGUGGUGUGUAUCAAAUCCCUAAAAAUACUUUUUUGUACAAAAGUUUUUUUUCUGUUUUCUAACCAAUUCUCUUUUUUCAGUGACAACCUGGUCAUCUCAUCCAGACGGUUCCCACCUUCACCACCAUUCUGCGCCCAUAAUAACCAUUUUACAAGUGUCGAUACGGUUCCAUUUUUCAUCAGCCAUCUCUCUGUAGCAGCUUCUCGGUCCGAUUUCGUGCCGAGACCCUUGCUCUCUGUAUCUUUUUGUCUCUACUGUCUCUCUUGUUUCUGACUCCAAAUCAGCGGGAUUUUUAAUUUCUUGUUUGUUUACCAACUUUUUUUCUGUUUUUUUUGUGUAUUCCUUCAUUGCAUUUUCCCUGUCGCGCCUUGAAUUUUUGAUACGUUCUAGAUUCUGACAUGCACAAAAAGGAAUAAUAUUUUGCGGCAACGUAGUUGUACACUAGAGACUCUUUUUUAUUCUCUUUUUUCUCCAAAAAAUCAUUUUUAUAUUUUUUUUUACUCCCCAAUCCUUAAUUUAUAGUUCAAUCACACAGCGAUGUAACUAAUCCCUCCCUUCCCAACUUUCUGACGAUUCUCGUGUCUGAGCGCUUUCGAAAUUUUUUCUCUUGAUUUGUGGAUCUUUUCUCUUUAAUAUUCCACACACUAUUAUCUUUCCUUUUUUCAAAAAAAAAAUGCAGGAUUGACAGUGUCUCAACUCAAUCAUGACAACCUUGUGUAAAUAUACGAUUUUUGUCAUCGUUCGCAUAUAGAUGUGCAGGUCGCAUUCUGAUCAGCCACUGUCUCCCCACCCCACUCCCUCAUUUCAUACUAAUUUUCUUCCCUUGUCUCUUUCCAUCUUCUUUGCACUACAUCAAAUCACUAUUUUUCUUAGCUAUUGUUUGAUAUAUUGUUGUCAUUGUGGUGAAGCUCGUCGCUUAAAAAGUGACGCUGCUGAAACCUUCACGACAUUCUUACCCAUUUUUCCAAAUGAACCCCCCUCUUCGUUAAAAACAGACAUGUCUUUUCCCUACCAACUUGUCCCUUCCCCAAUUGUCCCCAAUAUAUAUGAAAUUACUCUUCUUUCUAGUUGCAAUUGAUUGUCUUACAUCUUCCACGCGAUUUUUGUUGUCUGAAAAUCGCGCUGGUCGCCUCAUCAUCAACAAACACAUAAUUCAGACAAAAGCCUCCACACAAAGCUCACCGAGAAUAAAUUCAGAAAAAAUAUUUUUCUAUCAAA